CUGAGCUGUGCGCCCAUAUUUGCUUUAUUUGUCUCGUUUCCUCCCCAACCUCUCCGUCUUGGAGGCGUCGUCGGAAAACAUCCAGUUUGAUUUCUCUGCACUGUGCACUGUGUUCUGCUCCUUCCUUUCCUAACUACACUCGCUCAACACUCGUUUUAUCCUCUCUGACUUACAACUUCCGCUUCCGCCUUUCGGCAACCUCAACUACAACUACAACUUCAACGUCAAAACACCAACAACAAACAUCUCGAAACACACAAACAAGAUGCUCUCCACUCUCGCCGCAACGGCUGUGCUCUUCUCGAGCCUCAGCUUGGUCAAUGGCCAGACAUUCACUGACUGCAACCCUACAGCGAAGACUUGCCCUGCCGACGAGGGCUACGGCAAAGGCAACACCAUCUUCACCGACUUCACAAAGGGCGCUUCCACCAAUUGGGAGAUAGCUGCUGGCACCACCCUCACCUAUGGAACCAGUGGAGCCGAGUUCAACAUCAAGGCUUCCACUGACGCCCCCACCGUCAGCAGCGACAAAUACAUCAUGUUCGGCCAAGUCGACGUCUUCCUGAAGGCCUCUCCCGGCACUGGUAUCGUCAGCUCCUUCAUCCUCGAAUCUGACGACCUCGACGAGAUCGACUGGGAGUGGCUUGGCUCCACGGACAACUCCGUCGAAUCAAACUUCUUCGGCAAGGGCAACACCACCACAUAUGACCGCGCCAUCUACCACAAUGUUGCUACUCCCAUCGAGACAUGGCACAACUACAGCAUCACCUGGACCGCCGCCUACACAAAAUGGUACAUUGACGGUACUCUGAUGCGAACCCUCAACUAUGGCGAUGCUCUGGCUCUGAAUGGAAAGAACUACCCGCAAACACCCAUGCGUAUAAAGAUGGGCAGUUGGGUUGGAUGUGCCAGCGCGGCCGCGGCCGCAGAUGCUGCCACCAAGGGAACGUGCGAGUGGGCCGGUGGACCAGCAACCUUUGGCACCACCACCUGGACUAUGCUCGUCGCCAACGUUACCAUCAAUGACUUUGGCUGUGGAGGAAAGUACACCUACACUGAUAUGACUGGUAGCUGGCAAAGCAUCAAGAGCAGCGGAACUUGCGCUGGCUCAUCCGACUCUGGCUCAUCUGUCACCUCUUCCGCGGCUACGACGUCUACAUCCGGUGCCGUCCUUGCCCAGACUGCUGCCGGGAACUCGACCACGAUGAGCACUGCCACUGCUUCUGGAAGCACCACCAAGACAACCGGCUCCUCGUCGUCGACGACCAGUGCACCUUCUCAAGUGACAACCAGCGAUGGCAACCCGACGGCCAAGUCAAAGUAUGGCGUUAUCGACGUUGCGGUCAUUGCACUGGGUCUGGGUCUCGGAUAUCUGGUCAUGUAAAUCUUCCACCUCGGAACAAUUCCAUGAUAUUGCAUGCAUAAACGGAUCGAAUACUUUUCUUUGCCACUAUUAGACUGAGCAUUUGAGCAAGGCGUCGCGAGGUGGGUAACUUGCAUUUUCGGAACAAGAAAAACUAAGAUGGAGGGUGACCUCAAUGCCUUUGGCGGGAAUACAUUGAAACAUGGAAUUGUUGCAUUACAUGGAAGAACGGAGUUUCUUGUGUAUAAUUAGGACUGACCAAUAAUUCAAUCAAAGCAAAAACAGAACCACAAUUGGCUCCUCGAUCUUUUGCGAGCCUUCUG